AUGUCCAGAAUAGACCAGCUUAUGCUGGUUGUGGAGCUGUUGGAGAGAAAAUCGUGCUCCAUAGUGGACAAGAGCCACGAAUCUGUGGCAUUAGUCCAGAAAAUUUCUCGUCUUUACGAUAAAUGGACCCAAGAAGAACACCAUUGUGCUCAUCUUCAUUCGGAAGCAGCCGCCAGUUUUCUGCUUUUGACAGGGUUUAGAACCCUAGACGAAAAGCUCUUUCUCUUGGACGCCAGCUUAAGUACUAGCGAUGUCUACACCAGCUCGAUGUCGUUGGAAAAUUUGAAAAAUGAGUACUACUAUAUGUUGAAGAAUCCCGAAAAUGAUGCAACAAGUUUUGACACAAAUUUUGACAAUUUUGACACAAAUGUUCUUGAACUGCCGUAUCCCAGACCGUCCAGACUCUCCCACUCCGAAUCCCUGCCAUACACCCAGAAAUCAUACCAUCAAUCACACCAUCAAUCAUUCAAUCAAUCAUUCAAUCUGCCCCUCCAUCUGUCUUUGCCCACGGAUCUGCCCCUCCCUCAUAAAAGCUCGAUCGCCGACCUUAAACUCAAACCCAUCAAGUGUCGCACAUCGCAGCCAUACAAGAAAAAGUCAAGGUACCGUCUCUCGCAGAUAUACACCCUCAAUCCUGUGAUUGAUACUUCCUUCGAGUCAUUGUCUCCGGAACGCUAUGUGUCGAAAGCAUCACAAGUAUCGGAUGCAAUGUCUCGUCAGAACACUCAGGAUCAAACAGCUUCAACUUUACCCACCACUUUCGAGGACGACCGGGAAACCAGUGAUAUAAAUGUAACCAUUGAACUUGAGAAAGAUUUGGAUGCUUUUCAUAUAAAUGGUCAAAAUCCUUCACCCGAUAGAGUAUCUGCCAGCUCAAUGUUGUCGCUUUCUCCACCCUUGGAAUUCGACAAUUUCAACGAUUUUUUGCGAAAAUCAAGACUCGACUUGCAAGCGUCACCUCCCAAGCUUAAACGAUCAACUUCUCACGACAGCAUAUUCCACGAAGCCAAGCUAAAAUUCCACAAUCCUGCUGAGAAAAUCAGCUUGAAAAGCGACGUUGUAACCCCAACAUUUGAGUCGAUUUAUUGUCAGGAAUCGGCCCGUGAAUCCUCCAGUAAACUUCUUGCUGAAAUGAUCCAAAAAGCCGAUUUGCAGCCAAUUUCCAAAACGCCCACGAAACAGCCAUUUGCCUUGGGUUUGGGUUCACCGCUCCAGCCAACUUUAUCCCAUGUAACUUCGUCUCCCCCACGACGAAACAGCGUGAGUAAAGCACUCGCAAGCAGUUUUUUCUCGUUGAUGGCUCCGUCUCCUCGUCAAUCAAGUGUGGAUUCUAAGCGUGAAAAUAUACCGACAACAGUUGAGAAACCAAAAAAAACCGCUGCUGCUCCUGUUAUGAUAACUAGUGAAGCACAACGAAAACGACUUCCUCUUCAUCCCAUUUCCUUCAACGGGGCACAUUCCAAACUUAAAAUAGACAAUAAUGCGGCAGUGAUCUGCCAUGGACAGUCGGCUGCAAUUCGUCGUCCGAUUAUGACUCGGGUUAGUCGUAAUUCGUUAAAUGAAGCAUUGAGUAGCAGUAUUAAAUAG